AUGGCUGCAUCCAAAUCAAUAAAAUUUCAUGCUGGAAAAGUCCAAUAUGAUGAAGAAACUAAUCGUUGUUUGCCAUUAGCACAUAGAGGAGUAAUUUCAAUUAAACCAAGUGCAGAUGAACCAGAUUUCUUAGACUUCACGUGGACUGCUAAACAAGAUUCAACUCAAGCUACUCCUGGAAAUAUAGAAAGAGACGAAUUGUUAUUUAUACCUGGUGAUGUAACUGUAAAACAUAUAGAAUCAUGUAAAACUGGUAGAGUCAUUGCAUUUACAUUUUCAAGUUCUGGUGCUAAAUAUUUAUAUUGGAUUCAAGAUGUAGGUGAUAUUGAUCAAUUGGAUAAAUUAACUGAAAAAGAUAAAAAGAUAAUUCAGGAUAUUAAAGAAAUCAUAACUCCAAAUGAAGAGGAAGAAGAUGAGGAAGAAGAAGAAGAAACUCCAACUGAUGAUACAGAUGUUAGAAUUGAAGAUGCUUCUCAAGCUGUAGCUCCCACUAAUGUACCAAAACCCGAAAUAAAAUUACCAAUUAGUACAAUUUCUUCAGUUUUAGAUUUACUGCUUAUUGAUUCUCAUCUUGAUAAAUUGUCUCUUGAUGAAUUGAAGAGUUUAUAUAGUGAAUAUCUUCCUUCAUCUAUAUCAUCAAAUCCAACCAAGGCUCAAAUCAUGGAUAUUAUUCGUAGUGGAUUCUAUGCUCAAUCAGAACAAAAAUUAAGUGAACUGUUAUCUGAGGGAAGUGGAGCUGGUUAUUUGCUUGCACAAAGUUUGAAGUACGAAUAUAAAGGAGAAGGAAUUGAUGGAUUUUUGAAUGGUAUUAGAGAAUUGGCCAAAAAGGAAAAGAAAGAGGAAGAAGAACAACAACAAAAAGAAGAUCAUGAUGAGGUAAUGAAAGAUUAA